UGGCCGAAUGUCUUCCGGGGCCCAAACGAUCAAGUAGAUCUGACCAUUCGAGCAAGCGUCAUGAUCAAGCGGUAUUACCUCCGCCAGCACUUUGGUGUAUGUUUUGCGCAGGAGAACCAUGAUAGAUAUGGUGACUGUAAUCUUGGUCGCGCGAUGUUGUUCGCGCAUGCACCGUGUUAUCUCAAGUUCCAUGAGAUCAUCACGGGCGGCUGGACUUCUUUGGUCGAUCAUGCCGAGUGGAUACGUGAGACAUAUUGGCGAUUAAAUGCGGUCAAGCAGGAUGGUCGGAGCGCUGCAUUGAUUAUCGGUCCAAACGUCUACCGCAGCUCCACGGAAAAGCCAGUGUUUCGAUCGAACAUCUUCGAGAAACAGUUAUCCGAAGAUGUCCAAGAUGGGGAAGAAGGAAAGAACAUGAAUGUAGAUACAUUCGUCAUAUCGCGUUAUUGCUUCACCAUCCUUGUUCUGUCAAUGUUAGCUGCGACAUUUGUGAUGAAGUUGGAGCACCCUACUAGACCUUAAUAGCUUUGAUCAUCUCAGUCGAUGAUAGUCUUGGUACUCUCAGUGCAACUAGACGACUCGUAUGUCACAUACGCCUCUGUCCUCCCUUUCCGCGCGACGAUCGUGAUAUACGUUGGCGGUUUUCCGCUCGUACACAUCGACUUCGUCUGGAACGGUGAUGUCCGUUUUGGACUGCGACUUUCCGUCACCAUGCCAAGGGGUGUACCUCCCCAUUUCUAUACAACUUUUCAACAUUAUCUGGGUCUAUGUUCUCCAGAUACUGUUUCACUUGCUUGAGAUCUUUCUUGGAUGCACGUUCCUGUAGGUGUCUGCUAAGUUCACGAGGCGGAGGAAUGCAUUGGUAUGGGAAAACCUACCGUGACGU